AUGGAUAUUGACCUUGAAGAUGUGUUCUUGGUGGCUAUUUCUAUGGCAAAUAUUGUGAGUCUGCUUCAGGCUUUAUCUAUCAAGGAGAAUAACGUGACCUUUUUCAGGGAUAGACUCAUUUUAAAGCCGGAUGCUUUUUUCUUACCAAAAGUUGUUUCACCUUUCCAUUUGGACCAUGAAUUGAUUCUUACAGCACUUUCUAGCUCUCAAGCUUCAGUGGAAGAUCCUCUUCUGGAAAAGGUGGAUCCAGUGACAGUAGUCUCUCAAUAUUUGGAGGUCUCCAAGGUGUUUAGGAAGGCUGAAAAGAUGUUCGUUAUUCCAGCAGGGCCAAGAAGGGGUUACCCAGCUUCUACCUCUACUAUUGCAAGAUGGUUGGUUAUUCUCAUUUCAAAAGCUUACCAGUCCCAAGGCAAACUAGCUCCAAAGGGGUCCAUGCUUAUUGUUCCCAUCCUGCUCAAAACUGUAAUAAAUGAUGGAGCUAAAAUAUCCCUUAUUGGCUGUAUUGUACAACUUUAUAUAUUUGGUGUCACUGAAGGUUUACAGUGUUUCCUUCUAACUGUGAUGUCCUAUGACAGAUAUCUGGCCAUCUGUAAUCCUCUGUGUUAUUCUUCAAUAAUGAGCCACAGAUUUUGUGUUAAAUUAAUUGUCAUGUCAUGGCUGCUUGCCCUUAGCUUUACAUCAGUUACUGUGAUUACUGUAGCUACACAAGAGUUCUGCAACCAAAAUACCAUCAACCAUUUCUUCUGUGAUUAUUUUCCUCUUCUGGAACUUUCCUGCUCAGACACCUCAUUAGCUUGGAUAUUGGUAACCACAUUAUCUUUCCCUACGUUACUUAUCCCCUUCAUGGUCAUCACUGGAUCCUAUAUCUGUAUUGCCCAUGAAAUCCUAAAGAUAAAGUCCAAUAUUGGGAGACAAAAAGCCUUCUCCACCUGCAGCUCCCACUUGGCUGUGGUCUCCAUAUUUUAUGGGAGUCUCAUUGUUACUUAUGUGGUUCCCACAAGAAACCAGUCACAGACCAUUGGAAAACUUCUUUCACUUUUAUACACAGUAGUGACUCCUUUUAUUAACCCAAUGAUUUACAGCUUGAGAAGUACACACAUGAUCAAAGCUAUUGGAAAUAUUAUACAAUAA